AUGAGGCCUAGAAUACUUCUAAAUUUGAGACGAUUACAUUCUGGAAAUCCACCUUCACAUUUUGGUUCUGGUGAAAUUCCUCAAACGUAUAGCCAACAAAAUACGUAUCGACUGUAUCAACCUGAACAACAACUGCAACAACAACCACAUUCACAAACUUCAAAUCCUCAACAACAGUCACAAAGCUCACAUCAUGAAAGUUCCAUACGAGAAGUAACGGUCUUAGUAGCUCUGUUUGCGUUGGCCUAUAUAGCGAUUGACAAUUAUACGGAAAGAAUUAAAAUUGAUAAAUUACAUACAGAGACUACGGCAAUAAAUUUAAAAGCAUUACAAGUUCAACAAUUAAAUUAUCAAAAAGAACGUAAAAGAAAAGAUCUUUUGUUGCUACAAGAAAGGAAAGAAAUUGCCAAAAGAGAUUUUAAAAUGGGUUUACAUAUUGCAAUGUUAAGAAAACAAUUAAUUGAUUCUGGAAUGAAACCUGUUGAAUUAGAUGAAGCAGUAAAAGAAUUUGAAAGUAAAGUGAAAGCUGAUAAUUCAAUGAAAAAUGUAACUGGUCAAUAUUUAUGGCUAGACGAUUCUUCAGAUUAUAAACCUUAUAUUCCUGAUGCUAUGGAGUAUGAUAAAAUUAGGAAAACCAAUUAA